AUGUCGUUUGAAACAGAAUCAUUGUCAACUGAGGUGAAAAGCACAAAUGUAAUCUCAACCGUUUCAGUAGCUAACGUAGACCUCACAUCGAACGAUAAUCACACUGCUGCAAUGUUAAGUUCUCCUGACCAGACAACAAUUACAUCUGAAAAGUCAGGUACCACAGACAGCAAAACCACAAAAGUAAUGAUAAUUGAAACGUCAAGCUCUACCGACAUUUCAGCAAAAGAUGCAAUGACAACUGAAACGUCAAGGUCAACUGAUAGCACAACCACAGACCCAAUGACAACUGAGACAACAGGAUCCACAAACAGCACAACAGACGUUUUUACGAUUGAAAUAUCAAGCCCAACUGAUAGCACAACAACCGACGUUAUUACUACUGGAAUGUCAAGCCCAACUGACAGUUCAGCAGCAGACGUAGUGACAACUGGAACGUCAAGAGCCACUGACAGCAUAACAACAGAGGUAGUGACAACUAAAGCAUCAAGUCCUUCUGACAGCACAACUACAGACUUAAUGACAACUGAAAUUUCAAGUCUUACUCACAGCUCAACUACAAAAGUAAUGAUAACUGAAAAGUCAAGUCCUAGAGACAGCACAAUCACAGAGGUAAUGUCAACUGUCACUUCAGACAGCACAGCCACGGAUACAAUUACAGCUGAAACAUUAGGUCCCGCUGACAGCACAGCAACAAAUGCUCUGAUUUCAGUUCCUAUUGAAAGCACAACCUCAAAUGCACUCUUGACUGCAACCACUUCCAUACUCCAAACAACAGCUGAAACACCUACUGCGUUUGACAGCACAACCACAGCUGUACCUUCGUCUGCAAUAGUGAAUAUCUCAGACACACCUACACCAGAUGAACAGGCAACAACUUUACCAUCAAAUUAUUUUGAUUCAACUUCUAUCAUGAGUACAACAGGGAGGUUAGAUGAGACUUGUAUCAUGACAUACGAAUUUUCUGGAGGGACCCAUGAAGUACCCUGCUAUAACGACACUUAUUCUUGGAUCGUUAUACAGAGACGAUUUGACGGAAAUGUUGAUUUCUACCGAAACUGGAAUGAAUAUAAAUUAGGCUUCGGUUCCAUAAACACAGAAUUUUGGUUAGGUAACGACAACAUACAUGACCUGACGAGUGUGUUUGGGUACACUCAUUUAAGGAUUGAGAUAAAGGACUUUGAUGGCCAAGAGGGAUAUGCUGAAUACACAUUCUCAAUAGACGAUGAAUCUUCUCUAUAUAUGAUACACAUUUUAUGGAUAUCGGGAAACAUUACUGAUAAAUUAUGGCUUACAGACGGCGCUUCAUUUUGUACUUAUGAUCAAGAUAACGACGGAAGCAAAUCAAAGGUGUGUACAACUGACUUCCACGGAGGCUGGUGGUAUGCCUGGAGUGCUUUUUGCACAGAGGCUAAUCCGAAUGGCCUAUAUUAUUAUACAUAUACACCAGAAAAAACCGGAAUUUUCUGGUUUGGCUUUGGCACCUCCUCUUACCACACUCUUAAAGAAGUUCGAAUGAUGAUACGAAAACCAUAAUCGUCUUUAGGAGGCUAAGUAGUAAACCAUUAGAUCUGCCUUAAACGUUUAGAUAUAUUUUUGGACAUAAAAAAUUAUUUGAUAAAAAAAAAUAGUGUAAUUUAAGAUAUUUAUUUAUUUAUUAUUACAUAAAGCUCUUCAUCUAAAGGAGUAAAAUAUAGUCUAUAAAUGGCGUUUGAAACCUCUAAAGAACAUUUGUUUAAACUGAUUUUCACUGUACAUUCAUUCCUAAAACUCACAAUUAUAUAUUUUGUAUCGUAUAUCUGGAGUAGUUCUCAAUUGCUUGUUCUAAUUAUGUCGUUUUCAUUUCAAAUAAACGGUGUUAUUUGUAUUUUCAUAUUUUAAACGUAAAAGUGUUAAAAUUUGAUCUGA